UCCCCGGAUUCUCACUACCUGACAUGCAAAACCAGUGGGGGACCAGUUAAAAUGGUCCACACGCACAGUCAACACAGGUGUACUCCAGUCAAAGCACUGGACCUCCUACCUCCGCCUUCUCUGAAGCUCUAAGCCUCCACCACUCUCCCCGGAGAGGGUUAUGGAAAUGAGCACUGUGAUUUUGCUGGGAUACUGUACCUGCAGGUCGUCGAAGAGCGAAGGUUGGAUGUAAGGACGGGAAGGACGGUGAUACCUAGGUUCAUCCGUAACACAGCAGAAACUUAAAGCAGUGGCAUUCGAGUGCAAGGAUCAGAGGUCGAGGGUCCGUUAGAAGAUUUAGUGAAUUCAAAAGAUGCCGAAGUCUUUCCUUGUGAAAAAGAAACGUGGGGCGUGUGGAGCGUGGCAAUGGAAAGAGCCAGAACAGCUCGAGUGGAAAGAAGACGACAUAGUGGUGAAUGAUGCUAAGGAGGAGGACGCACAGCAGCCGGACACUGCGGCUCAGCCAGCAGCCGCCUUAGGAUGUGGGACAGCAGCAGGAAUAAGAGUGCCAGUACCUUUAGGAUCAGGAUCAGGAGGACCAGGAGGACCAGGACCUGACACCAGGCCAGAUUGGUCCACACUGAUUCUCCGUGGCUCCUUCUACCAUCCCAGUACUCUGGCACUUGUCAGCAGAGCGAAGCCCCGGCCUCGGACUUCCCCCGGCUCAGGUGACUUUGUUUGCUCCGUGUGCCACAAGAUAUUCCCCCUGCAGCGCAUGUUGACUCGACACCUGAAGUGCCACAGCCUGGUGAAGAGACAUCCAUGUCGGUACUGUGGAAAAGGAUUCAACGACACCUUCGACCUGAAGAGGCAUAUGCGAACACACACAGGUAUCCGUCCCUACAAGUGUGAGCUGUGUGAGAAGGCCUUCACCCAGCGUUGCUCUCUGGAGUCUCACAUGAGGAAGAUUCACGGCGUCCACCAACAGUACGCCUACCGCCAGAGACGCUCCAAGAUCUUUGUGUGCGAGGAUUGUGGUUACACUUCGAGCCGCCCUGAUGAGUACUUCCUCCACGUGAGACAGUGCCACCCGGGUAGCCCCGCCCUUCGACGGUACUACCGCCGCCAGGCCCACGAAAACAGCAGCUUCGCAUCAGCAGACCGUAAACUCAACCCCUAUUUGCUUUACUCAUCUCCUGCAUACUACAUGUAGGAUUCUGAAUCAUUGUAAAGCAUUUUCAUAAAUGAAAAUAACA